AUGUGGCUAUCCAAGAUACUCAAACGCAAGAAAAACCGUCGCCGCACAGAGGAUUACCCCCAAAAUCCCGAGCCCUCCAAUCAACACGAUGGUAUCACUCAUCUCUCCUCAAGUUCGGCAAGUGCUUCACCACCACGGCCUUCCUCGGACUCCCUUUCGUUACAUGGUCAAACGCUCAACACUGCGCUCCGAUCAGACCCAGCGACAUCUGCUUUGCGGCACGAUAACCUAUGGCUGGAAGCCCAUGAUCAGCUUUCGGCUGAUGAUCGUGUCAUAGUCGGAGGAUUUGUUCCACAGGACAAAGGUGCACUUCAGUUCAACACGAACGAUAUGGUUCAAGAAUUGAAAAACAAAGGGGAAACCUGCAAGGCAGGAAAUUGGAGAUUUCGGGUAGGGAAUCAUACAGUCAGCUUCCAGGAUGCAGUAAACAAGACGUUAUACUGGAUAGAAAAAGUUAAGGCCCCAAUCGACAUCGCCGUCAGCGCUGACCCAGUGCAUGCUGCUUUACCCUGGGCCGGUAUCAGAUUCUUAAUUUCGAUGGUUGAAGCCAACAGAAACCAGAUCGAGUCCUUGCUAUCUGGUAUAAGCCAUAUUUGCUAUAUCACAAGACGUUGCCAGCUGUACGAGGCUCUUAUGAAUGACCUCUCGCUGCCGAAAAACGACCUUUCAAUGAGGGCACGCCAGGGGUUGCGCUCUGCAUUGAUCGAUUUCUACAUUCUGAUCUUACACUUCCUUGCUCAAGCUGCCCGUGUUUACCAGCUGGGAUCUAGCCGUAGGGCCAUCACUGCCAUCUGGUCAUCUGGUGAUAUUGGAGAGUUCGAGCUCCAAUGUGAGAAGCUUGAGAGACGUGCCGAGACUGAAGCACAGGUUUUCGAAAGAUUCCAGUCUAAUCAUAUGCUUCGGCUGUCCAAAGAGCUCUUAGACGUGAAAAUUCAGAAUGAUGACGUCGGCCAUGUUGGCGUGACAGCCAUUUGGGACUAUCUACAGGGGAAAGAGAGAGGCGAGAUUCUCAGAUGGGUAUCAGAAAUCGACACGCUAGAACAACAUCGAGUCACGAAAUAUAAAAGAACAGCUGGUACUGGAGAAUGGGUCUUGAGGCAUCAAGAAUUCCAAAGUUGGCAGUCUUCAGAUGAGCCAACCAUACUGUGGCUUCAUGGUAUUCCUGGCGCUGGAAAGUCAGUAUUGGUGUCCAGAGUAAUCGAUCAUCUUGAAAACGACCAUCCGGACACAACACUCGCCUACUUCUAUUGCGAUCGCGGAUAUCAAGAGCGUCGCAACCUAGGAAAUAUUCUGCGGAGCUACAUCAAACAACUUUCUAUGUCACGUCGGGUAGAUGCUAUCCCGCACUCUAUUAUUAAACGAUACAAAGAGAUACACCACAGCGGGUCAUCGACAAGGCUGAGUGUUGAGGAGAGCAAGACUCUUCUCUUGGAGUUAAUCAACUCCUCCCGAAACCCGGUUCUCAUUCUUGAUGCACUAGACGAGGCCGACGUUGAAGACCGAGAGGAGAUCCUGACAUCGUUUGAUCUAUUAAUGGUCGAAUGUUGCGACUUGAAGAUAUUCAUCUCAAGCAGGCGAAAUGAGGACAUCAAGAGACGCCUGCAGAACAAGGGAAACCUCGGAAUUGAAGCCAGUGACAAUCAAGGAGAUAUCGAGACAUUCAUUCACGCGCAACUCGAAAGAAUGGCGAGGGUUAGCCACCCAAACCUGUCCCAGGCCUUGAAAGACGACAUCGUGAAAAGUCUUCUUGGAAGAAAUGAAGGAAUGUUCCAGUGGGUGACUCUCCUCAUCGGUAGCCUGCCUCAAAUCCCGGAAGACAUCCCAGACUGGUUGAAACAGUUACCUCGAGGGUUGCCAGAGGUGUAUAAAAGGAUCUUUGCUGAGAUCCAAGCCCAAGGUGGAAGCGAGCCCAAGAUUGCUCGGGCGGCUUUUGAGUGGAUGAUCGGCUCUUACCAGACAUUGGACCAAGGUACUUUAGUUGAUCUUGUGCGUCAGAGUCUCGAAUACGAUGGGCGCAAAUAUCCGUCAUUGACAAUCGACAUGGUGCUUGGUGCCUGCCGCAAUCUUCUCGUCGUUGAUAAUUCCACACGGUGCCACUUCCCACAUCUAUCAGUUCGGGAAUUUCUGGAAGAUCCGACCCAUGCGAGUGAAGAAUUUUUCAUUGAUCAUCUCCAUUAUAGGCUAGCACUAGCCAACUUAAGCUAUCUGCUUGAAGCCAAUGACAGUUUACUACUUUGGGGGGAAACGGAUGAAGCGAAAUGGUACAAUUUCAUUGAGUCUCAGAGCCAGGGGCGGAUUUAUGCAGCGAUAUUCUGGCCAUCUCACGCGAAACUCGCCUUUUCAGAAGAGAGUUCCUCUGUGGUCCAAAAUUCAGUGCGUCUGGAACGUUUGAUCGAAAGGUUUUUCAGUCCUAGCUUCCUCUGCGCAUACAAGAACUGGCUGUUGAUAUAUGAUUGUGACCAGGAAACCUACUUUGACGUCUCUGAUAAGGAGAAUUGUUCGGAAUAUGGUGCUGCAACCUAUCUUUCUCAUCUCCCAGGAAAACUUUACUAUGCCUCCCUAUUUGAUUUUGACUUCUUGGUGGAAGCACUUAUCAGUCAACGUACAGAAGUUGCUGCCAAGGGGAAAUAUGAAAAUGCAAUUGUUGCAGCAGGCGCCAGGUCUAGUCUGAAAGCAUUGAGACAGCUUUUGAGAGCCUCCGGGACAAUCCGUGUCGAAGAUGCUGUCUCCAUUAUGCGAGAGAUCGAGAGCAGGUUUCUUGAGACUUCCUCGCUUCUGGUGGAAUUUUCGGUUCAAUUUCAAGAUCAAGUGCCCGUGUCUACAGAUGGCAGCUCACCAGAAAAGCCCCCUUCUACGGCGUCUUUGUUAACAGCAAUGGCUCUCGGAGCAGCGCAGAAUCAAAGGGUGGGCCAUCAAGCGCUGGAGUCACUUUUAGACGCUCGAGAUCCUAUCUUUAUCACCCACGAUGUGCUUUAUGCCAUAGUAGAAAAUGAGGAUAUUGGAGAUAAGGUAUUGUUAACUUUGUAUAAAAAGUGCAAGCCUGGAAUUUCAAUCACGGAGACAGUUCUGCAAAGGGCUGCCAAGAAUAUGGGUUGUGGUGAGAAACUCAUGGCUAUACUUCUAGACCAGCCGGGGUCCGAAAUUUCAAUGACGGAGACAGUUCUCCAAAGGGCAGCUGAGAACAGUGGUUGUGGUGACAAGCUCAUGGCUAUACUUCUACACCAGCCCGGGUCCGAAAUUUUAAUCACAGAGACAGUCCUCCAAAUGGCAGCUGAGAACAGUGGUUGUGGUGGCAAACUUAUGGCUAUACUUCUAGCCCAGCCGUCCGGAAUGUUAAUCACGGAGACAGUCCUUCAACGGGCGGCUAAGAACAGUCGUUGUGGUGACAAACUUAUGGCUAUGCUUCUACACCAGCCCGGGUCCGAAAUUUUAAUCACAGAGACAGUCCUCCAAAUGGCAGCUGAGAACAGUCGUUAUGGUGAUAGACUUAUGGCUCUACUUCUAGACCAGCCCGGAUCCGAAAUGUCAAUCACGGAGACAGUCCUCCAAAGGGCGGCUGAGAACAAUGGUUGUGGUGACAAACUUAUAGCUCGACUUCUACGCCGGCCCGGGUCCAGAGUGUUAAUCACGGAGACAGUCCUUCAACGGGCGGCUAAGAACAGUCGUUGUGGUGACAAACUUAUGGCUAUGCUUCUACACCAGCCCGGGUCCGAAAUGUUAAUCACAGAGACAGUCCUCCAAAUGGCAGCUGAGAACAGUGGUUGUGGUGGCAAACUUAUGGCUAUACUUCUAGCCCAGCCGUCCGGAAUGUUAAUCGCGCAGACAGUCCUCCGAAGGGCUGCUGGGAACAAGAAUUGUGGUAGUAAGCUCAUGGCUAUUCUUCUGGACCAGCCCGGGUCCGACAAGCACUCCAACACCGAGUCACACAAAAUGGAUUCAGUCUUCAACACCAAAGUCUUAGAUGCUAUCUUUGAAGGUAAAAGCGAAAGGCGUAGGGCCGAAAUCAUGGAAAAACUUUUCGACUGUAAAUUUGGCGAUGUGCUUAUAACUGAGGAGCGAAUGAACUCUUCAAACUCGCAGUCUGUGGUAGCCGUCCUUUUUCACGGGCUAUCUAGACUACUUGUCAGCGAAGAUUUCCUCUGUCCAAUCGCAAAGUGCUUGAACAUCAUCAGGCGCCUCUCUUAUCCCCAAAGGGCCGAGGCCACUGCAGAAGAUGUGUUGAUACUCGCUGCUAUCAAUGAAUUCGGUGCAAAUACCCCAAUUAUUGUGGCUUUGGAGGACAAUGAAGCUACUUUGCAGGUUCAGGAAGACUUGAUCACAAUUGUUGAUAAGGGUUCUCAAAGAGGAGACUAUAUGCACAAACCACUCGUUGCAGACCUCGGAACAAAUUUUGCGUUCCCGGAUGACGCCCCCUUAUUUGCAAUCAAAGGUGGGGAUCGUGGGUACAAACUUUGGGGAAUGCUCGUCAAAUUCAGGGCUUUCAGUGCCAGAAUGAAACGCUUUCUGGAUAUCGAUGGAGGCGUGAGCGGUGCUUUGAGUGAAGACAUUUGGAGCCAUCUAAAUCUGGAACAAAGGCAGGAUAUCUUCGAAUGUCUGAUCGAAUAUCAAAUUUCGGUGACUUUCACGGAGAACCUUAUUCGGGAUCUAAAUAGUCUUCAUUUUAGGAAAUAUGGGAGAAUUCAGAAGCUCUCAAGAUACGCACAUCACAUCACUGAAGGUGCCUUCAUUGAGCGCUUUCGAGACCCUCGUGCAAGUGAAAUACUGCCUCUCAUUACGAGAAAAACUAUCAAGCUUCCCUUCACUGAGAAUUUGAUCAAGGCGGCAGCGGAAGUAAAACAUGGAGAUAGUUUGAUCAUCUUCUUCAUCAGAACUCGCGGUUCGGAAUUGAAGGUUACAGAGUCAGUCGUCAUUCAGAUUUCGAGGCUCCUCAAGGCCAGUGUGAUGGAAACUCUCCUUCAGAAAUGCAGUGACGUGCCUAUCACUCAUGCUGUUUUCGAGGCUGCAAAGGAAAAUACACAAGAACCGAGAGAGAUGGAAAAAGUUCUUAAAGAACGAAGGCAAACAGCAAUGCUGUAA